AACUGCUAUUUCCCCGCUAGAGCUCGCAGCGACAUAACUUGUUUGGCGGCCGGUGGAGUAGCGUUGCGGACAGAAGACAUCGUGCGACGAGACAAGUUGUGAGAGAGAACUCAACUCAACUCUCUUGUCUGCUGUGGGUUUCAAGGCGUCGCUGUUCGACACACUUGAUAUACUUGGAGAAUGCUGGGAUCUCGCGGCCGCGCGUGCUGACGUAUGGCCGCGUCCUGCCGCCUCCCGGCCCGUGACCGCCUCGCCGCCCCCGGCGCAGCGCAGACGUCGACCUCGACUUCGACGACGCCCCCCGAGACCCGCAUGAACCCCUCCCCGCUGGCCAAGCUGAGGCUACAGUUCCGCCGCGACCUGCAGGAGUGGAGGAGAAGGAAGGGGCGGUGCCCGCCGACGGGAUGGAAGCUGCAGCUGUGUCGCCAGCCGCCCCCGACGACGGAGGCGGCAUACUGAAGGCGUCCUCCUCGGAGAGCAAAGAGAGUCUGCACGUGCAGUUCCACAGCAGCCCCCGCUUGGAGUCCCAGGAGGGCCUCGCGGUCGACCCGGGUUCCUCCUCGCGCAGCGACGUCGACGUCGAAGACGUCGACGAAGACGUCUCCAGCGAGUCCUGCGACGAAGACGAAGAGGACGAAGAGGAUGAGUCCCUACAGGAGCCCCAGCCCCCGGACGGCGGCUACGGCUGGGUGGUGGUAAUCGCCGCCUUCUGCACCAACAUGAUCGCCGACGGCAUCACCUUCUCGUUCGGCGUGAUCUACGUGGAGCUGCUGGACUACUUCCGCGACGGGAGCGGCAAGACGGCGUGGAUCGGCGGGCUGUUCAUGGCCAUGCCCUUGCUGUGCGGGCCGCUGGCCAGCUACCUCGUGGACCGCUACGGCUGCCGGAAGGCGUGCAUGUCCGGAGGGCUGGUGUCGGCGCUGGGCUUCGUGGCGAGCUCCCUGGCGGGCUCCGUGGACGCGCUGGUGCUGACCUUCGGCGUGGUGUCGGGCGCCGGCAUGGCGCUGUGCUACGUCACCGCCGUCGUCGCCGUCGCCUACUACUUCGACCGCCGGCGCUCGCUGGCCAUGGGGCUGGCCGUGUGCGGCUCCGGCAUCGGCACCGUGGUGUUCGCGCCGCUCGCCGACUACCUGCUGGCCGAGUUCGGCUGGCGCGGCACCACGCUCAUCCUCGCCGGGGUGUUCCUGAACAUGACGGUGUGCGGGGCACUGAUGCGGGACCUGGAGUGGACCCAGGCGCGCUCCAAGCGGCAGCGCAGGGACCGCAAGGCACGCAACAGGGAGCGCCGGAGCCGGCACCAGAGCCAGUCGCUGCGCACGCAGACCUCCAGCCAGACGUCGUCGGCCCUCGUGCUCGACCCCGCCCACGUCGAGGAGAUCAAGAAGCUGCUGGAGAGGGGCGAGCUCUCAGAAGCGGUCCUGCCCCGGCCGCAGGACCCGGCGGAGAAGCAGGCGGCCGCCAUCGGGGACCAGCCCCGCCUGUGCUCGUCGCUCGUGAGCCUGCCCACGUUCCUGCGGGGGGCCGGCGCCGGCGGGGAGGUGCCCCCGGAGGCCUUGGAGCAGCUGCUGCGAGACAACCAGCAGCUGUGCCAGGCGCUGCUGCGGGCCCGCGGAGGGGACGCGGUCCUGGGCCGGCCCCACCAGGAGCCCCGGGAGGAGGCGUGCCGCGUGUGGGUGGCCGGGUGCGGGCGCUCUUCCUCGGAGCGCAGCCUCGGCGCCUGCCACCUCAGGGGCAUCCGCAUGCACAGGAAUUCGAUCAGCUACCGGGGUGCGAUGCUCAACAUCCACAAGUACCGGAUCAGGGCUUCGUCUUGUCCUGACAUCUACAGGAACUCCAUGAUCACCAUAACCAAGGCAGACGACGAGCCGUGCGCCUGGCUGUGGGACGCGCUGGACGUGCUGCGCGACAUGGUGGACGUGUCGCUGUUCGCCGACCCCCAGUUCCUGCUCUUCUCCGUGUCCAACUUCCUGCUGUACUCGUGGUACCACGUGCCCUACGUGUUCCUCACGGACCGGGCCAUCUCCCUGGGCGUGGGGAGCGUGGACGCGGCCUACCUCAUCAGCUACCUGGGCGUGCUGAACAUGGCCGGCGAGGUGAUCCUGGGCUGGGCGGGCGACCAGGCGUGGCUGGACGCGGGCCUCGUGUACGCCGCCUGCAUGACCGCCUGCGGCCUGUCGGCGCUCGUCGUCCCCUUCGUCUCGUCGUACGCGGGCAUGGCCGGGCUCGCGGGCGUCUUCGGCUUCUCCAUCGCCGCCAACUACUCCCUGUCGUCCAUCAUCCUGGUGGAGCUGGUGUCCAUCGAGCGGUUCACCAACGCCUACGGCAUGCUGCUGCUGGUGCAGGGCGUGGCGAACCUCCUGGGCCCGCCGGUCGCAGGCUGGCUGCGGGACGUCUACGGGGACUACGACAUGUCGUUCUACCUGGCCGGGCUGUUCAUCGUGCUGUGCGGGCUCCUGCUGUUCGUGCUGCCCGCGCGCAGGUGCCUGCUGGGGCGGCGCGAGGCGGCGACGCGCGGCCGCUCCCUGGGGAACAUCCUCUCCGCCGGGGACGCCGGCCCCAAGGACGCCGGCCUGCGCCCCGCGUUCAAGUGACCGCCUCGUCCCUGUCGCUCCAGUCGUGACCGGACGGAGGCCCGCGACAGAGGAGGCACAACUUCCGACAAACACGACGCUUCCUUGUCCGACGGCACUUCGCCAAAACGGCGACAUUUUUGACUGGUAUGCGAGGCUUUUUUUUUUUUUACAAUAUCGUAAUUUGUAAUAAGUAGGGACACCUGUAUUUCGCGAUUUCAUUUCAUGUCAAGGUAUUUCACAAAACACUGUAGCUUUUUCUAAGAGUCAUGGUUAGAGACCUAAAAAAUUCGCGGAUUCAUUGACCUCUAGGAUAGACUCCACAGUCAUUUAAAUACUCGCGGAAAUUACACCUGUUCAUUGGCUACUGACGCGUGAGACGUCUGAACUAGUGUGUCCGUAAUUCGGCACUUUCUUGGUUUAGUGUUUCCCAUUGGCUCACAGUUCCCCGGAUAAAAUGUGGGCCAAUCGCAGAAGCGGUACUAAGGUAUAGUUGUUUUGAUGCUAGCCUAUCGCGAAAUGAAUCCGCGAAUUUUGCAUGUCUCUAGUCAUGGCGAAUUGUGAGGGUGCAGCAGUACGGUGACCACAUUCUCAUUGGCCCCCGUCAAGAGCGGGACGACACCUCUCACCGACCUCAGCCAAUAACCACAGGAGAAAAGCUACGGCAUUUUGUGAAAUACCUUGUCACGAAAUGUAUUCGCGAAAUACAGGUGUCCCUAGUAAUAAGCAUGUCUCAAGUACAGGAAAACAAAACAAAAAAUUAAUCUGAAUGUAUAUGUGCGUUUGUAAAAUGUUCCAAUGUCGUAGUUUAAAAAAAAAAAAAAAUUAGUUACAAUUAACAGUUGCAUGAUUUUUGAUUGUUCACGGCUGAAAACAGACCAUGCUUAAGGGGCGUAUUUGCGUUGGUGAGGUGGGAUGCGACACUUGUCGUUUUUUCUAGCGCGGUAUCCCUCUGGACUGACUUCUGGUUUUGCAUAGGGCCAUAACUUAACUAUGGCAUAUAAAUAAAGGAAAGGUUUAUUGCAAGUCCCUUGAGCACGUUCAAAUAUCUGUAACGGGUGUUUGUUGCCUGAACAUUAUUCUGAAAUUACGAUAUUAAGCUUGUCUCUCGCCCCUAAAAAUACUAUUUGAAAGCGAAAUACGGAAACAGAACCACCUGUCUGCCCUCGAUGCGUUCUUGAAUUCUUUUCAUGAAUAGACUUCACUUGAACAUCUUGAAACAGAUUUUAAAUCUUUUGGUUUUUGUGCCUAGGCAGGCGGGGCUUUUCAAAUCCAUAAUGUUCAAGGUCAAAGUGAUUUGCACGAGAAAUGUACAAAAAAAAGGCCUGGAAUAGUUUCACGAUCUUACAAGUGACCAAUGAUCCACGUUUACUGUUGCACGAUUGUUUCUCAAAUCUUAUAACUUCCCUAACAAUUAACUUCUUCUAAUGACACGAGGACAUAUAUUCGAGUGGACAAGUAAUUACUAAUUAGCAUUUUUUUUUUUUUGCAUUUUUGUUGCAAACUGUAUCUAUAGUGUCCUUUGCAUUGUAAGAUAAGUACCAAAUUUGUGAUGUAUAAUUUUUUUAAAAUUCAUCAGUGUGCCGGCAAUUAAAUGCUAUAACCACAGUUGUUAUUCAUAGACUUGGUACUUUAAAAACAUUAACCAUUCUGCCCUGUUAAUGUCAUAAUUUACGAAAAAAUUUGUAUAAGUGUUUGUGUGUCUUGGUAACAAGAACUUAGAAGUGUGUAGCCUAAUUGGUAGAUGAUUGAUUUUUUUUUUCUGUAAUGGCUGUUGUAAGCAGACUGAUAGAACAAGACUUUUGACCCUUAAUAUAAGCAUAGUUUUUAGGUGUAUUUUUAAGAUUGCAGUAUUAUGUAGCUAGUAAUGUCAGUGCUGUUUAAAGCUGCCAGACAAGCAAUGGUGUUGAGAAACAAAUUUACUAACUGAAAUGCCAAAAUCAAUCAAUUUCUUAGUGUGCUGUUAAUUCACUAACAAUUUUCAAAUGACUGUGACUCAUGCAUGUAGUUAUCAUUCAGGGACAUGCAAUCUUUCAUACUGUUUUGUUUGUGUAUUUUCACUGUAGAUUUAAUAUUUAAUUCAUAUUGAAAUUUUUAUAAUUUAUACAUUGAUGUAAAGAAUUGUUAGUUGCAGUGUUAAGUAGCAUAUAUGUCAUUAAAAUACAUACUAGUUGCUGCCAGUGUAUUCUGUGCUUAAUUUAAGAAAUCUGCCAUAAUGAUUUGUUCUACAACAAGACCUGCUAAAAAAUUGUUAAUAUUUAAUGCCAUCCGUACUCUGUAGAAGGUCAGUUUAUUAUUUAAGAAACAACCAAAAAAAAAACCAUUUGUUAUCCUUUACAACUUUGGUGUGUUUUGGUGCCAAAAGUUUAAUUCCUGAAAAAUUUAUGUUCACAUGUUUACAUUCAACAUGUGUGUCAAAGUAGCUCUAGAAAUCCGUGUGAAACUAGAACUUAAGAUAAUCAUUUUAAGUUUCUAAUAUUUGAUGCAAAAUAACUAGACCUGAAAAAUUUGCGUGUUCUUUACGUGCUAUGCUAAAAUUCAAAUUAUUAUAUCUUAGUGCUGCUUUUGCCAUUGGUCCACUGUUAAUCUGGAGGACUGAGAGCCAAUUAGAGAACCUCACCCGUAGAAGUGUCGUAUCACAGGCCACCCAGUCGAGACGACUCACAAGUCAGCAGCCAAUGAACAGUUGGCAUUUGCCCGAGUGUGUAGAGGAUAUUGGAGUCUCUCCUAAAGGUCAUUUAACCCGCAAAUUUUUCCGGUCUCUAAAAAUAACAAUCAGAUGAGAUCAUUUUUAUUUAGUUAUUUUUAGUAAUUAGGUCUUAUAUUAAUUGGUUUUUUUAUGCAUGGAAAUAUAUCUUUGAAUUUUAUGUGUUGAAUUGUCCUAAAUUAGAAACCCAUCGUAAAGUUCACUAUUGACUUUUUUAGUUCUACACAUUUUGAUAAACGUACUUAAUAGGGAGUGAGAUUUAAUGUUUAUUACAAGGCAGGUGUUCGAAAACUUUUAAUGAAAUGUUAAAAGUACUUCAAAGUGAGUUAUAGCUGUACUUAAUCUUAAAGCUGUGUGCCCAUUUUGUGCCAGUUGAAUUUUUACACUAGGCAGUUUCUAAGGUUGAAAAAAAAACUUAAGUCUGUGAUUUAGCAUGAAAUGUGCAAUUAAAGGUCUUAUAGAAUUAUAGAAUUAAUUUGUUCAUAUAUGGAAUUAAUUAAGCUUUAAAUAUAAAUGCCGAAUUCUUGCGAUAUCAUUGACCAAACAUUAACUUUAUACUGUGCGUCUUUUCACACACAUUAAAUAUUGUGCUAGCUAAAUAGUUUUUGUAGAAAAUAUUUGUGACAACAUCAAAUCCAAAAGAGAUAUUGUAGAAAAUUAACAGAAAUAGCCUUUAAAUGAUAGUUAUCAUAAGAAAAUGAAGAAAAGCUUAAGCUAGUAUUUGAAAACAGCCAUUGAGAUGUACUUAUCUGCAGUGUAAGAUAGUGCCUUUCGAAAUCUGAGACUGACAAACUUUUCUUAUAUUGUAGAAGAAUUAGUUGUCACCUAUACAGUAAAUGUUUUGUAUGGUUUUAUCUUCAUGAAAAUACAGACGGUAUGAAAAUUUUAUCUUUCUGAUGUGAACAAAAAUUAGGAAUGUAAUAAUUCUGAGUGCUUUAUUUAUAUAGAUAUUUUAUCAUUUUUCUAUGAAUAAUCAAAAAAUUAAAUUGUACCUAAUCACAGUUAUGAAUUAAUGUAGUGGCUAUAUGCAGUCUCUGUGAUGAUUUGAGAAACAAGUUUUCAUCAUAUCAUGGAAGGUGUUGCGAACUAGCAACACUAUUUAAAAUAUUUGUGAAGAAAGUGUAUCAAUGUGAAAUUGUUGUAGCUGACACUUCAUCUUGAUGUGUUGGUGAAUAAAACUUCAACAAAAAUAA